UGUAGCUUAUCUUCUCUGUGAAUGUAAUGCAAAAGAUAGACUUGUGGCUGAACAUGCAAAAGCAGCACAAGACGCCAACACAGGCAGAAAAAGGGCUGAAGUAUUACUGGCCACACAGAAGCAAGAACUAGAAGACGUUUUGCAGCAGAAAAUAGCUGCAAACGAAACAUUAGUUCACUUAAAUACCGCGCUACUGAAUUGCAGGCAGCAGUUAAGUUCUUUAAAACUAGAACAAUGCCAAUUGCUAAAUCUCAAGAGAACACAUAAAAAGCUAGAGACAAAAUACUCAGAAGCAAGGAGGAAACUAGCAAAUUUGACUCUGGAGAACGCCCGGCUUUCUAAAGUCCUUGUUAAAAAAGAGGUAAUAAUGAAAAAUGUAAGUAAUCAAAUUUCAGAAGCAAAAGAAGAGUUCAAUGAACUCAUUUCAAGACUUGAUUCCACCGAAAGAGGAAACUAUGUUUUGAGAUAUGAGUAUCGUCUUCUUGAGAAGCAACUCAAGAUGAGAAGCCGGCAUGCUGAUGUGGCAAACAGACAACAGCUAGACGCUGAACGUCAGAAGUUGCGCUUGUUAGUGAAAAAGCGGAUCCCAGGCCACUCAAAAGCGAAGGCAACCAACCAUCCUGAGGCAGUGGAACGAAGAAUGAGUUUAAUGAUAAAGCAGCUUUUUGAAGUGGAAGAAGAAAACAAGAUUCUUAAAGAAAUUUCAAUUAAAAAAGAUAAUGAAAUUCAUCGUUUGAAAGUUGAACUUGCUCGAAUGAGUUCUAAUGAACAAAAUUACGGCAACUUGAGUAUGGGCAAAAGGAAUAAUCAUGAUGAGAUGGCGGCAAAUCUUUUGGAAUCAGACAAGAAAAUUGUCUGUCUCAAAACCAAAGUUGAAUGCCUCAAAGAAUCAAAGAGAACAACUGAAGACCACUUAGAGAAUCUGAAAUUAAUCAACUAUGAACUCGACAAUCAACUUUCUACUGCCAAACUUAAAAUAAAAGAAGCUUUUCAAAAGGUAUCAUUUCUAGAAAUGGAGUUGGAGGAUAAGAGUCACCACCGUGAAGAUCUAGAGGCAACAUGUCUAGAGCUACAACUCCAACUAGCCAGUUUGUCUGGUAAGGAUGAGGUAAUAGAGGAUCUCGAGCAAGAAGGAAAACCACUUGAGAAUGUAUUGGAGAUGACAGCAAAUUUAGACGAUAACAACAUUUUGAGCCACUCUUUACGUUAUCAUAUGGCAGCAGAGGAUGGCAUUAACGCAGAGGAUCUUAUAAUAUCCCCGACGAUAAAAGAUAUUAUAAGCACCACCGACACAAUAGAACCAUCUGCCCCAUAUUAUGACACUUGCAACACCUUAAACAAAGUAAAAAACAUUGUACCUUGGACUUUGCCAAUUGUACCAAGUAAGACACGCCGUAAAGGUAUUGCGUUGCUAAAGAAGCUUCUGUUUAGAAGGAAGAGGGGAAGAAACAAGAAGAAACUGCUUGCCUUUGCUUUAUACAAGAUUUAGUGAAAAACGGUGAUGGCC